GAUUAGUGGAUUUCAUUGAAGCACGGUAAACAUAAAAACGGUUCUCCUUUACAGGUAUUACAAAAUGUGACAACUCGCUUAGUUUUUUUCCUGGCCAUUUCUCUACUAUCUUUUGUAAUCUAUUCGUAAUAGGAACACCGGCCACGAAUCCAUAAUGAAAACAAAACAGACUUGCCGCGUAACGUGUCGAAUGAAUGAAUGCAUAUAGGCGGGUCAUUCUAAACGUAAACACUCUUCUACUGCGAUAAGAGACAUUGGCCCUAUAAUACCAGCGCUUCUAAGUGGCGCGCGUGGCCUGAUGGGGACUGCCUUCAAAAUCGGCGUGGCGCUCAACGUGUUAACUGAUAGUUAAAUCAUAUCUCUGUUUUUGUCUAAGUUGAAGGAAAAACGAAGACAAACAUACGAUUUAACUAUCAGUUAACUUACCAAGAAGUUGGAAUAAACGGCCCUUAUUUCAAAUAUCUUCCAGCCGAAAGCCGCAUCUACGCCGGAAAUGGCGACAGCGCCAAUAAUAAAGUGUACUUCGAACGAGCGAGUGGCCGACGACAUGAAGUCGACGGACGAGAAGAAGGGCGAGAAAUCCGAUAGGAAAUUGACAGUGCUCGAGGCGCACGGUUACGCUCUCGGGAAGACCAUCGGGGCCGGGUCGUACGCCACGGUCAAGAUCGCAAAGUCCGAUCGGCACGCUUGCCAGGUAGCGGUGAAGAUCGUCUCGAAAUUUCAAGCGCCUGGCGAGUACCUCAGCAAGUUCCUGCCCCGCGAGAUCGAGGUGGUCAAGGGCUUGAAGCAUCCGAAUCUGAUUCGUUUCCUGCAAGCCAUAGAGACCACUCAUCGGGUGUACAUCGUCAUGGAGUACGCGCAGAACGGCAGUCUGCUCGACGUGAUACGCCGUGAUACCUACAUCGACGAGCUGCGUAGCCGCAGGUGGUUCCGCCAGCUUCUAGAUGCCAUCGAUUACUGCCACGAGCGCGGAGUGGUGCACAGAGACAUAAAGUGCGAGAAUCUGCUUAUGGACCAACAGUUCAACGUCAAACUGUCGGACUUCGGCUUCGCGCGGGGUCAGAUGAAGCCGAAGAGCGGCGAGUGGCCGCUCAGUACGACCUACUGCGGCAGCUACGCUUACGCAUCGCCCGAGAUCCUGCGGGGCAUCCCGUACCAACCUCAGCUCUCCGACGUGUGGUCCAUGGGUGUGGUGCUCUACGCCAUGGUCUACGGCCGACUGCCGUUCGACGACACGAGCCAUGCGCUGCUAUUAAAGCAAGUGCAAAGCAGAGUGGAGUUCCCCAAACAUCCCAAAGUGUCCCAGCCGUGUCGUUCUCUAAUCGCCCGCAUACUGAUGCCGCAGCCGGCACGGUUGCGCAUCGGCAUCAUAAGAAGCGAUAUCUGGCUCGAGGUAUCCACCUCGGUUGCUCAAACUUCGAUCGACGACGGCUUCGUCAAAACAGCGAUUGCGACACCUAAGGAGCGCGAAACGCCCGACGAAGGCAUGGUACGUAUCACUCCUGCAAUCUUUCAAGGGAUAUUAAACGAGAGACCCAAGAUCACCGUUGACGACAAAGCGGAGACCACGAAGGUCGACCUGAACGUCAAGCUAUAGAGCUCCGGGAGUGCUGCAAGAAAACCCUGCGGAACC